UUUUAAUACGAUCAUAAGCGAAUAACUUUUGUAAAAUGUAAUUUUUGUUAAACGACCGUUUUGUCGUGCGACCACGGGUCUAAGGAGCGACACUGACCUGCUUUACGACACAACCAGCGUCUGGCAAACUUUCGCUCCAGCUACAGCGGUCCCUAGCAACCAGCGAGUCCUUAGCAACCGCGGGAGGAACCGGGCAGAACCAUGUCAAAGGUAACCGGUUCUAAAAACUCACUCUGGGAGCAAGUGUGUGAAGAGUACAACGCGGAGCUGCCCAGUCCUCCCAGUGCUGCGGGGACAGAUUCUGAAACUACGCCCAUGCUACGCCAUGAACAUCCUGUCACGAUGUUUAUAGAGAAGUUGGUGUUUCCUGUGUUGCUGCCCGGUUUGGAAGCUCUGCUUAAAGAGGCUGAGAAGCAUGACUGUUUCCAGAGGAAAAAGUCAUCAUUUAACCCCUGUGACUUCCUAACAGAGUGGUUGUAUAAUCAUAACCCUCGCAGGCAAGGACAGGUUCGGCUCAAUUUCCAUGACAUCCCUUUUGUCAAGGACUGGCUCAUCGUGCAUCCCAUGCCUCUGUUUCUGCUGCUGAGUAAGGAUGAGGCGGCGGUGCUCAUUCAGGCAUUCUGGAGAGGAUACAAGGUCAGGACGCGUCCAGAUGUGCAGGAGCUGCGCCAGUGGCAGAAGGAGCUGCGAGAACAGCAGGACAUUUUCAAGACCGUCGAGCAGUUCUGGGCCCAACAGGAGAGCCGAGUUGGCUCAGCCAUGACCGAUGUUCCUGAACGUCUGCAGCCUGGCAACACAGAUGUGUCCAUUCAGGUGGUUCCGCCGACCCCCCAGACCCACACCUCCACCACCCACAUGACCCCUGAAGCUGAUAUCACUCCACAAAGGAAGUUAUAACGUGUCCACUCAAGCCAGGAAGUGAGGCCAGAGAAAGGUGACUCUGCAUGCAGAACAGGGCUUCAGUCCUGUUUGUCAGGAAAGGAGAUUACCCUGUCAUGGCAACAGAGAAUAAAAAGAGGAUUUAAAAAAAUGCUGGUGUCUGGUAUGACCUUCCUGACGCACACCUUCUACAGAUUCAUGCAAAAGAAACGAUCAAUGCAGUGAUUUGAUCCAUUUUACAAAGCAUCUGAUGCUAAAGCUUAGUUUUACAAAAGCUAUUAAAUGUG